GUCUUGUGCAUAGAGAAAAUAAUAUAAUACUAGGCAAUCUUCGUAUAUUUUGUUUGUAUAGAAAAAGAAAUCAAUCAAAUGUAAUGAAUUUUUCUAUAAAUAUUUUACCUAAAUCGUAUUGCUUAAAAUGGUUGGAUAAAUAGCAUAUUAUUUAUAUUCGUUGAAAAUGUUGAUUAAGAAUGAAUGAAGGAUAUAAAUAUGUGAAGAAGUUCUAUUAUUUUAUAACUCUACGACCGACAGCCGCGAAUGUAUGAAUUAAAAAUACGCUUUAUUUAUUUUGCGUAUAUUUAAUUGUAAGAAACAAUGGAUGAGGUCAUAAUAUGUAGGAUAUGCCUAAUUACUAAUGUAAGAAUGUAUGACUUAUCGACAUAUCCUUUUGAGAAGUACUGCCUCAAAGACAUUGGUAUCAAUCUUGCUGGUGUAGUUUUGCCAACAUCAUAUGCCUGUUAUGAGUGUGCUGCUUUGAUUAAAAAAUUCCAUUUCUUUAGAGAAAAAUGUUUAAAAGGUCAAGUCUUUUUGUUAAAUACCCUAAGGACCACAGGAGAAAUCUCACCACAAAGUAUUUCACAAAUAGAUAGACUGAACAUGAAUUUAACUUCCAAUAUUCAUAUAAAACAUUUAAAUGAAAGCAAUGACUAUUAUUUUAUAUAUGAAGAAAUAAUAAAAAAUGAACCAGCAAUUGAAAAAAUCAAUGAUAAUGAAAAAAAUGAUAAUUAUUUUAAGUAUAAUGCAGAAAUAGAAGUUAUCAAAGAAGAAAUUCCACUUGAAAAUAUAAUUAGUCCUAAUCUGUAUAGUAGUGAUGAUGACAAUGAACCAUUGUCUUAUCAUAAGAGCAAUAAAGAAAAGAAAGAGAGAAAGAAGACUGAAAAGAGAAAAAGUUGGAAAAAGAAAGAAGUAAAACCUGAGGAUGAAGAUGUAAAAGAAGAAUGUCUAGAGGUUUCUGUAGACACAUCUGAACUACUAUUACCAAUAUUAGAAGAUACAGCACAGAAAAAGAAACGAGGUCGACCCAAAAAAGCAGAUAAUGCAGACCAAAAGGACAACAAAGAUAAAAAGCAAAGAAGGACACAGAACACUGGAGGUGUUGACCCCGAGGACAUUGAUUUGGAAGAAUAUGUCACUGUCAUAAACCUUUCUUUAGAAGAACAAAUGGAAGAGGUGAAGAAGCGACAAGAGACUUCAAACUAUCUGAAUGCACCAUUUCAAUGCAACCUCUGUUACCGGGGUUUCAUCGACACAGAAGCUUGGAAACAUCAUGUCAGCAAACAUGAUCCGAGUUCCGGUGAUAUCGAGUGCCCUAUAUGCAAGUUUAGGUUUAAAACUAAUCGCACACUACAGAAGCACGCAUCCAACCAUCAGAAGAAAUAUGCUUGCAAAUCUUGCUCCUACGUUUCCAAGACCACAACUCAAGCAAAACAACACCAAAGAUGGCACAAAGGCGUCACCUACAAAUGCCAAUACUGCGAUGAAAUAUCCACGAAGUGGACGUCGUACUUGAGUCACGUGCGCAUCAAGCACCCAUCAGAGUUCGUGUGCGACGUGUGCGGGUACUCGUACGUGAGCAAGCUCGGCCUCUCCAUGCAUCGCACCAUGAUGCACAAGGAUGUCCCGGAGAGUAAUGGUUCAACGAACGAAGCUGGUCCUUACUGUGCAGAAUGUGACGUCAAGUUUGUGUCGGAGGAGGCGUACAAGCGACACAUGGUCACCUCCGUCAAACACAUCAAACAUUCCAAUUUCAAGAACGGAUGUAGAUCGUGCGGCGGCGCGUUCAGCUCGGCGGAGGAGCUGCGGCUGCACCACAGGCGGGAGCACGCGCGCAAGCGGCCGCGGAACUACGGCAAGAAGCCCUCCGCGCUCACCUUCCCGACCACGUGCGACCACUGUUCUGAAGAGAUAUGUAACGCGCGCCAAUACUGGGCUCACUUCAGACGCGCCCAUCCCGACAAGAAGUAUCCGAUACAGAAGGAUUACGUUUGUGACGUGUGCGGCAAGAGCUUCCGGACCAAAAUUACCUCUCCUGGAGGCUGUCUGCGAGUAUACGCCUUAGGCCCGAGCUGCUGCUCAGUUCUGGGCUGCCGAAGAAUCCCCUGUUCGACGCAUCGAGACUACGCCUCGCCGAUUUACGCUCUCGGUUCUUGGCUGCCGAAGAACCUCCUGUUCGACGCAUCGAGACUACUCCUCACCGAUUUACGCUCUCAGUUCUUGGCUGCCGAAGAAUCUCCUGUUCGACGCAUCGAGAGACUACGCCUCGCCGAAUUUACGCUCUGGAUCCAGACGCCCCUCAAGGCUGCUGAAGUACAUCUCUGUUUCCUUGAGCUGUCGUCGGCUAAUUCUGAGGAGCACAUCGACAUCAUCAACGGACUUCACCGCUGA